AUGGACGAAACUGUACCAUUGCUUCGCGAUGAAGCGUUAGAUGUCCCGAUUAAACCUUCAAGGACGGGUUCAGAUAUAGUCGACUUUGAGCGGAAGGGCGAUCCAGAUAACCCUCGAGACUGGCCAAACAGUUACAAGUGGGCCGUUGUUGGCAUGCUCGCCUUCAUGUCAUUUACGGUCACAUUCACAUGCAUUUCUGUUGUGCCAAUCGCCAAUCGAAUGAUUUCUGAUCUCAACGGUGGCGAGUCUGAGAAGUCCGCCAGCGUGCUGCUCGUCACCAUCUGGGAGCUCGGUGAAGCUGCAGGUCCAUUGUUUAUUGCACCAUUAUCAGAAGUCGUCGGACGAUACCCUGUCAUAAAUGCUUGCAAUGUGCUGUUCAUCUUUGCGACCAUCCUGGCUUCAGUGAGCCAAAGCACCUCGCUCUUAAUCGGUGCAAGAGCCUUGACAGGCCUUGCCGUGGCGACCAACGUGUUGAACCCUGCCAUUGUUGGGGACAUAUUUAUCGAGGAACAUAGAGGCUCCGCCAUGAGCCUCAUUAUGCUCGCGCCUUUAGUCGGAGGUGCCAUUGGGCCAGCAAUCAGCGGUGCUAUUGCCCAGGAUCUAGGCUGGCGGAAGGUGCUCCUAAUGUCCGCCAUUUUAUCCGGAGUGGCCGAGAUCUUGUUUCUGCUUUGCUUCAGCGAAACUUACCAGGUUGCCAUACUCAGGCGCAGGGCCGCCAAACUGAGGAAAGAAACCGGCAUUGUCACCCUACGGACAGCCUUUGAUGCCAAGGACGAAGGCAGCUCGAACAAAUUCCGCGACUCGAUCAUGAGGCCCGUACUUGUAUAUCUGGACUCAAGUGUCCUGCAAGCAAUUUCAAUGUUCGGUUCGCUGAUUUUCACAUAUUUUUAUAUCUUGAGCACGACCCUCCCAGAUAUCUUGAUGGACAUAUACGGGUUAUCGCCUGCUUUGACCGGUGUCUCUUUCAUAUCCUUCAGCGCCGGAUCCAUCUUCUCCAUCCUCGCCCUAAACCUUUACCUAGACCGGAUAUUCGUCAGGCUCCGCAAGUCCAACAACGGGAUCGGGUUGCCAGAAUAUCGCCUGCCGUUAGCCAUCGUGGGCGCCUUCAGCAUGCCAUUCCUGAUAGCGGCCUUCGGCUGGAUCGCCGAGCUUCGCCUCCCUCUACCAUUACUCCUGUUCACCCUCGCAUUGAUCGGCAACUCCACCAUGCUCGGUUUCCUGCCGGUCACUGCAUACGUCGUCGAUGCCGCCAAGCUGUACGCCGCCUCCGCCAUGACCGCCUUGAUCGUGACGAGAUGUCUCAUAGGCACAUUCUUACCCCUGACCACCGCGCCUCUAGUCAGGAAAUUCGGCUACGGCCUGGCUUUCACGAUCCUCGGCGGUGCGAGCCUUGUUCUAGCGCCUAUCCCUGUGGUAGUCUUCAGAUAUGGCGCAAAAUGGCGAAAGGGCUCCCAAUAUACCCGAGAUAAUGCGGACGACUAG